AUGAGAGCUGUUGUGCUUGCCUUGACUCUGGCCCUUGUGGCGAGUCAUCAGGUUAAUCUUGUUCCAGAGUUUGCUGCCGGUAAGACCUAUGUGUACAAGUAUGAGGGUUGGCUCUUGGCCGGUCUGCCUCAGGAGGGUCUGGGUAAGGCUGGUGUAAAAGUCAGCAGCAAGGUUCUCAUCAGUGCUGCAGCUCAGAAUACCUUCCUCCUGAAGCUCUUGGAUCCUCAACUCUUUGAGUACGCUGGCAUCUGGCCUCAGGAUAAUUUUGUUCCUGCUACAAAGCUCACCUCAGCACUAAAUGCUCAGCUGGUGACUCCCAUCAAGUUUGAGUAUGCUAAUGGUGUUGUUGGUAAGAUAUUUGCCCCUGCUAGAGUCUCUGCUACUGUUUUGAACCUGCACAGAGGUAUCCUCAACAUCCUUCAGCUCAACCUCAAGAACACACAGAAUGUGUACGAGCUGCAUGAGGCUGGAACUCAGGGAGUCUGCAAGACACACUACAUGAUCAGUGAGGAUAUACAGACCCAUCAAGUGACUGUGAGAAAGUCCAAAGACCUGACCAACUGCCAUGAGAGAGUCAUAAAGGAUAUCGGUUUAGCUUACACUGAAACCUGUGUUGAGUGCCAACAGAGGCUUAAGAGUCUGACUGGGACUGCAACGUUCCACUAUUCUAUGAAACACAGUGAUACAGGUUCUUUGAUUUCUGAGGCUAAUGUUGAAGAGGUCCAUCAGUUCUCACUCUUAAAUACAUUAACUGGAGCAGCUGAAAUGAAAGCCAAACAAAUGCUGACUUUACUGGAAGUGCAGAAUUCCCAAAUUAAUCCCACUGCAGGUGAAUACCUGGUCCGUGGAUCCCUGCAGUAUGAAUUUUCUACUGAGAUUCUUCAAACUCCAAUUCAACUUCUGAAGAUCAAUGAUCCAGAGUCCCAAAUUGUAAAGGUUUUACAGCAUCUGGUUGCAAAUAAUGUGGAUAGGGUUCAUGAGGACGCUCCUCUGAAGUUUGUUCAGCUUGUCCAACUCAUGCGUGUAGCUAACUUGGAGAGCAUUCAAGCCAUCUGGGCUCAGCACAAGAACAAGCCUCUUUACAGACGGUGGAUUUUGGAUGCACUUCCUGUUGUGGGUACACCAGUCGCUCUGAGAUUCAUCAAGGAGAAGUUUGAAGCUGAUGAGCUUACUGUCCCUGAACUCACUCAAGCCCUACUGGUUGCUUUGCACAUGGCUUCUCCUAAUCCAGAUUCCAUCCAACUCACUGCUAAUAUAGCUUCGAGCCCCAAAAUCAAGAGUACUCUAGGCCUGCGUGAGUUGAUCAUGCUUGGCUAUGGUUCCAUGAUUGCCAGAUACUGUACUGAAGUUCCCGCAUGUCCUGCUGAUCAUCUUAAGCCUAUCCAUGAGAUGGCUGCUACAGCUAUUUCCAAAGCUGAGAUUCCUGAAAUCACACUGGCUCUUAAGGUCUUGGGCAAUGCCGGCCACCCUGCCAGCCUUAAAACCAUCAUGAAACUUCUGCCUGGAUUUGGAAGUGCUGCUGCCACCAUUCCCAUAAGGGUCCAAAUUGAUGCCAUCUUGGCUCUUAGGAACAUUGCUAAGAAGGAGCCAAAGUUGGUUCAGCCAGUGGUGUUGCAACUUUUCAUGGACAAGACACUCCAUCCUGAACUGCGCAUGGUUGCCUGUAUCGUGCUGUUUGAGACCAAGCCAUCAGUAGCCCUUAUGGCCACUGUUGGUGGGGCUUUGGAGAAGGAGCCCAACAUGCAUGUUGUCAGUUUCACUUAUUCUCACAUCAAGUCUCUGACCAGAAGCAUGGCCCCUGAUUAUAUGCAUGUGGCUGCUGCAGCAAAUGUUGCCAUUAGGAUGUUCAGCCCCAAACUGGACAGACUGAGCUAUUAUUUUAGCAGAGCCAUCCACUGGGAUGUCUAUAUCUCUCCUUUCAUGGUUGGUGCAGCUGGUAGUGCUUUCUUGAUCAAUGACGCUACCACCAGCUUGCCCAGAGCUGUCAUAACUAGAGCACGAGCCUACCUGGCUGGAGCUGCGGCUGAUGUUCUUGAGAUUGGUGUGAGAACUGAAGGACUCCAGGAAGCCCUCCAGAAGACUGCUCAUAUAGAGGAAAAUUCUGACCGCAUCACGAAAAUAAAGCGUACCCUUAAGGCUCUGAUGGACUGGAAGUCUUUGCCAUCAGAUCAACCGCUGGCCUCCAUCUUUGUUAAAGUUCUUGGACAGGAAAUUGCUUUUGCCAACAUUGACAAAAAAUUCAUGGACAAAGUCAUCGAACAAGCUUCACAGAUUGCUACUGAACCACGUCGUUGUGAACUCCUGAAGGAAGCCGUUAAGUCAUUGCAGAAAGGCAUUGACUUCAAGUAUGCCAAGCCCCUGCUGGCAGCUGAGGUGCGACGCAUUUUCCCUAGUUCUCUUGGUGUGCCAAUGGAGCUUGGUUUAUACACUGCUGCUGUUGCUGCUGCAGCUCUCAAUGUUCAGGCAACUAUUACCCCUCCUUUACCUGAGACUGCAGAAGCUUGCACUCGUGAUCAGUUGAUGAAAACAGAUCUCCAGUUGCGAGCUGAGGCCAGACCAAGUGUUGCCAUCCAGGCAUUUGGUGUGUUUGGAGUGAACACUGCAUUAAUUCAAGCUGCUGUUGUGGCCAGAGGAAAGCUACACACUGUUUUGCCAGGUAAAGUGGCUUUAAGAGCUGACCUUCCAAAGGGCAGUAUAAAGUUGGAGGUUCUGCCUGCUGCUGUUCCUGAUUAUAUUGUUGAUGCCAGCUUUGAGAUUGUUGCUGUGGCUAGAAACAUUGAGGACCUCCCCAGUGAGAGAUCAGUAUCUCUCGCACCUCCAGUGCCCUCGGAUGCUCCACAGAGGAUGAUACCUGCUUCAUUUCAGAAGUCCAUGUGUGGUGUUGUUCCUUAUGCUUACAUCAAAGGAUGUCUUGAGGUUUCCUCACAGAAUGCUGGCUUUAUGGGGUUAAAUCCUCUGUAUUAUAUUGUUGGAAGACACUCAGCUCGGAUUUCAGUGGCAAGAGGUGAUGGUCCUCCACUUGAAAGACUGGAGCUUGAGAUGCAAGUUGGCCCGAAAGCAGCUGAGAAACUUGUCAAAGAAAUUAGCUUUGUUGAUAUUGAUAAUACAGAAGAAAGUACCAUCCUGUUGAAACUGCGGGAAAUUCUGGAAGGUGGACUGAGGAAUGUGAAUUCCGACUCACUCAGCUCCUCUGCCAGCGAGAACAGCAAUAGUAGUGUGAGCAGCAGCAGGAGUGUCAGCAGCUCUAUGAGUUCUUCCAGUGCCAGUGCUUAUGUGACCAAGAAUCCAAAAAUAUCUCGUCCGUUCCUGAAGUUCCAUAAAGAUAAGGGAACUUCAAAUGUUCACAGCUCAUCUAGCAUUGAGGCCCUAUACAAAAAGACUCAGCUACUUGGAGAUACUAUGCCACCUUCUUUUGCCAUCAUUGCUCGUGUUGUUAGAGCUGACCGCAAGAUGGGAUACCAGGUCGCUGGUUACUUGGAUAAGUCAACUUCAAGAGUACAGGUUGUGUUUGCCUCUAUUUCUGAGAAUAUCAAAUGGAAGAUCUGUGCUGAUGCUGUACUUCCAAGCAAGCAUAAAAUCUCUGCCAGGUUUGGUAUUGGUGAGCAGUGUCAGGAAUAUUCUGUAGCUGUCAAGGCUGAAACUGGUGUGUAUGAUGGACAUCCUUCUGCUCGUUUGAAGUUUGGCUGGAACAGGGAACCAAGAAUCGCAGCUAUUGUUAUCCCCUAUGUCAAGAGGGCAAGGGAGUACAUCUUUAAAGUAACUCCUCUGGCUGGAGUUAGUGCUGAGAGAGCUGAUAAUAAUGAGAGAGAAAUCAAACUCAUUUUGGCCCUACCCACUCAAAAGUCUCUCAACAUUAUUUUGAGGGUCCCAACGAUGACACUGUCAAAGCAAGAUCUACCUAUUUUUAUUGCCCUGCCCAUUGAACAAGAUGGAACCAUUCCAGCUCUCAAGGAUUUAGACAUUCGUGGCACUGUUGAGAAAUGUCUGCACGAAAUCGAACAAGGAUUGUGCACUGCGACCACUGGACACAUCAAAAAAUCCUAGAAAGCGUUCCUGAAUUGUACCUUGAUUAUCGACAUAGCGCAAGAUGACAGACAGUUGUGAAUGACAGCUUAUGUCUGUGGUCUCGUCGAUUUGCCACGAGAAGAAGGGUGCCGUGUUAAGUUGCUUUUGGAUUUCUGAAUUAAUUGAACCAGCUAUAGCGGAUAUUAGAUCAUUCUGGAUUGUUUUUGACAUGCCUGUGAAGACAGUCGAACUUUCCAGAUGCUCUGCCAGAACACGAUCAUAGCGAGCAAUAACCUCCGCUAGCUCCCUGUAAUUGCCCUUAUUGUCCGAAUUCCCCCCUUCUUCAUGUCCCCUCAGUGACAACUCUUGCAUGCCUAGGUAGGCUGUUGCAUCUAUCAGACGUUUUAAUACCUCUCUAUUGCGACUCACUUUAGCAUUGUGCUGCUGGAUUUGCAGCCGCACACCCUCGUCUACCACCCUAUCUAUUGGCAUGGUGCCUAGUAAGGACAGUCGGAUAGCAGCACCAACGUGGUCUUGACACUUCUCAUGGCGUUUGGUUGCCCUAUCUAGAUUUUUUAAAUCAUUGAAACCAUGAACACUCCACGCUUGUGAUUUGGCAUUGUUCAUUAGCAAACAGGGCCAGCAAUAUAAUCGAUGGGUGGUAAC